AUGAGAAUUAUCAAAUUUCCAUGGCUUGCUCACGAACAAGAAAACCGAAAAUAUGAGGUCUAUGCGGUAGAUGUUAGUCCCGAUGGCAAACGUGUGGCCACGGGUGGUUUGGAUGGAAAAAUUCGAAUAUGGUCAAUCGACUCAAUCAUUAAAGCCUCUAAUGAAGGCCUUUCAACAGUUAUCGUUCAUGAACAAGAUAAAAAGCCACUAGCUAGUAUGAGUCGACAUACAGGAUCUGUGACAUCACUAAAAUUUUCACCCGACGGUAAAUAUCUUGCAAGUGGUUCUGAUGAUCGUAUUUUACUCAUAUGGGGUAAAGAGGAUGAGCAGCGGACAGAACAUAUGUUCGGUUCUGAAGUAGAAAGGGAGCAUUGGACAGUACGGAGACGGCUUGUCGCCCAUGACAAUGAUAUCCAGGACAUCUGUUGGGCGCCAGAUUCCAGCAUUUUGGUGACAGUAGGACUUGACAGAUCCAUUAUAUUAUGGAACGGCUCCACAUUCGAGAAAAUAAAACGGUUUGAUAUACAUCAAUCUCUCGUAAAGGGUGUCAUCUUCGAUCCUGCAAACAAAUAUUUUGCUACGGCUUCAGAUGAUAGAACAUUGAAGAUCUUCCGUUAUCAUAAGACUGGUGAUACUGCAAUUACAAUAGAGCACAUCGUCACAGAGCCGUUCAAGGGCUCGCCUCUUACUACAUAUUUCAGGAGACUUUCGUGGUCACCGGAUGGGCAGCAUAUCGCUGUACCCAAUGCGACUAACGGACCUGUAAGCUCCGUCGCUAUUGUCAAUAGAGGUACUUGGGAUACGGAUAUUAGUCUUAUCGGACAUGAUGCGCCUACUGAGGUAGCUAGGUUCAAUCCAAGAAUUUUCGAAUCAAAAAUUGGAAAUGAUGCUCCGGUAACCGAUGAUCAUACUACAACAAAGAGAAAACACUCUGUUGGAGACGCUUUUGAUACUGUGGUAGCAACUGCUGGUCAGGAUAAGUCAUUGGCUGUAUGGAGCACCAGCAAGGAGAGACCCAUUUUUGUGGCUUAUGACAUUACAAAUGGUACUGUGACAGAUAUGGCAUGGAAUCCAGAGGGAAAUAUGUUGUUCUUAACAUCUUUAGAUUGCUCUAUUACUGUCUUCUUAUUUGAGGAUAAUGAGCUUGGUAAUGCGAUACCUUUGGAGAGAAAUAUUGAACAAUUACACAGAUAUGGGGUUGACAAAGAUUCACUUGACUUUCCUGAAAGUAUAAAACAGCUUUUGUCAGAAGACAUUGUACGUCAAUCAAGAACCAAGCGUCAAAAAGAAAACUCAACUGAUUCUUUUUACGAAGCUCGACUGAAACUUGCGAAAGAUCAAAGUACUACAGAAAAUGGAGAUUCAGCUUUAAAAUUAGACUCAACAAAGCCGCUAAUAAAUAGUGAAAAGGUAAAUAUAUUGAUACCCAAGAGGAAGCACGAUGGAAAAACGAAACCUAUUAUGAUGAAAAAUGGUAAAAAAAGGGUUGCACCAACACUAAUAUCUUCUGGGUAUUCACCAAGCAGGAAAACGACAACAUUCCCAAAAGACUUAUCGACGACAGAGUUUGAAAAGUUUGGUAGCAGUGCAACAAAAGCUACGUUGACUAGAUCGACUUUACGUACAGAAAGCUUGAACGGGCGAAUAAGUGUAUCUUCUGUAUGCUUGCCUAGACUAGGGCUUCACACCUUAAUCAUGGGAGCGAAAGAGAGAAAUAAGAGCAUGUUCGAAAGAAGCGAUGACGGCGCUUCGUCAAAUAAGCAGGACAGAGAAUCUGCGUUAGUGGAUAUAAAUGUGGCAACACCUGGACUUGAAGGCGAGUUGCUCGCAGAGGAGAAGGCCAAUGAAGAAAUGGAUCCGGAACAUCUCAAUGAUCCUGUAAUAACAUUGAAUGCAAAACUAUCUAAAGAAAAAGUUUGGGCUGAAGAGCCCAACAGCAAAUUUGUUGAAGAUUCGGGCGUAAUUGCCGACACAGACGCCGUACUUUUACAAGGAGGUGAUUUCGAAGAUUUUUACGUCCUGGAAAUUCGCAAUGGUGUUGAAAGAUCCAUUCAAUUUGACGAAGAAGCCCUGCUAGAGAAUCCGUCUCGCGUGCUUGGGUAUUACAAAGGUAAAAGAACAAUAGAAACAUUCAUACCUGAAGUUAUCAUAUGUGCAGUUUGCUCCUUAGCAUGUAAAUCUUGGUGCCUUGCCACAGCGAAUGGCUCACUGCAAAUUAUUUCCUUCAAUGGCCAAUCACGGAUACCUAAAAUCAGCAUCGGGCACAAGAUAAUCGAGAUGUCUGCCACAGGCGAUUUUCUUAUUGUCUUGACAGAAAAGGGACUUUUUUUCGUGUGGGAUCUAAAGACUCUUAAGCUGAUAUAUAAAAACGUACCAAUACUGCCUAUUCUGUUUAAUGAACCAGUCGACGAAAACAAAGUUCGGGUAUACAAGAAGAUUACAUCCUUCUCGUUAACAGAAAAUGCAAAGUCUAUUAUUGUAGAAAUGAUUAACCCAAAAGAAAGUUAUGAGUGGGUUGGUAACAUGGGAUGUUGGUCUAUGUUAACGCAAGAAUCAUCAGCAGCUACUGCUUCCUAA